AUGGAGCGCACGUUUUGUUCUGUGCAGCCGCAAUUUUCUCUUCAAGCACCACCUGCCACAUCUCCUGUACGGCAUCAUCGGCCGUCAGUAUCCGGUCAGUCCGUAGAUUCAGCUCAUUAUCGAAAGUUCCUCAGCGAUCGAAGGAAAAGCUACAGAAAUCGCAGUUUGGGUGCAACGAUCGCCUCAGCGCCAUCGGUGGAGCAGGAAGAUUACCGUACACCGAAACCGUCGUUCGAUAAAAAUGGUGGCAAAAGUUUUGACUGUUGUGGGCCGACUGGUUCGCUUGCUUCCGACUCCAACGGACUUGUCAAGGUGAGUUAG